AAAUCAAACAACACCCUUGAUUGUAGUCAACCUCAGAAAUACAAAUCAUCACCAACAACUCUAACAAAAAGAAAUAUAUAUUUUCUUGAUCGGAAGGCUCAUACUAUAGGUAUAUCAACAUACAAAAUUUGUUCUUUUUCCUUGUCGGAUCACAAGAAGAAACAAGCCUUGUUAUAUAGAAUAGACGAUCACACACACCCGAUAUUGCAUGCAGGAAAAGUUACUCCUCUUGAAUCAUCAACAAUAUAACAACUCUUUGAAAUUAAUUUCUUGCUUUGAAGCCUUGUUGUUUAGACUUGCUUCUUUUGAAUUGCUAAUUAAUUUGUACAUUGAAAAGGAAAAACCAAAUAAUUAUUAUUAUUCUACUAGUAACGCCAGUGCUAUUAUUACUCAUCAAAAUAAUGACUUCUGCCUCAACAUUGACACCAUCAGCAGCCUCAGCAGACGAGCCACCAUCACCAUCAUCAUUGACAAUUAUUGAUUCAUCAAUUGUCGUUAAUGGAGAUGAUCAUGAACGUAUUGGAAACAAAACAAACGGAAAUGUACAACACUGUACAAGUUCUACUAUGGAUCAGAAGGGUCACUGCUCACGUUGUGGUGCCUCGAGAAAGAGAAGCAAUACCAGACCGAUCAUGCAAAAUGUGACAACUGUGGCCACUCGUCAGAGCUCUCGUUCUGCACCUCCUUCUUAUCCAAUUUCCAGUCGUGACUUUAUUAAUUACUUGAGACAAAAUAAGGAAAUUGCCAAGAAUGUAACUGUUAGACUCGUUAGACCAAUAGAACCUGUAUCUAUUGCUGAAGAGGAGGAAGCUGUAACUCUCACAUUGGAUGCCUCAAUUAUCAAUCCAUUCUACAACGCGCUCAAGGAAAAGAUGAGAGGAACUGUAUUGAAACCAUUUUCAUUGGAAUUUUCAAUUGAGAAUAGUAUUGGUAAAACAAGAGCUAGUGGAAAAACAAAUGACAUGUUCUAUUGUCCUUGCGAUAUUGCCAUCUCUUACAAUAGCUCAACAAUUCUCGUAUUGGAUAUGGGAAAUAAUAGAAUACAAGUUUUUACAACAGGAUGGAGAUAUAGAACUACCAUUAAUCUACCAGCUAAACAUUUGUGCAUUGAACCAAAUUUUGAUGGAAAGAAGAAUGAUGCUCUCAUUAUUAGUUGCAACGACCAUUGUAUUUACAAGUAUGAUUUGGAAAAACUUAUAGCAUGCUCAAAGAAUGGCCAAAAGUGCGACUUUAUUUGGAGAGCUGGUACACCAAACUCUAAGGGAAAGAGUCCAAACCAAUUCAAUUUACCAAGUGGUAUGGUUUGCUCGAAUGGAAAUAAGGAGAACAAUUUUGAGAGAAUUCUCUAUGUUUGUGAUUGUAACAAUAAUAGAGUACAAAUUUUGAGAACUAGUAAUGGUAAUUUAUUGGAAAGCAUUGGAGAAACCCCAGAGGUUGAUUCCAUUUUUUUCAAGGGACCUUGGAGUAUUGAUUUGAAUGCUCGUGGAGAGGUGAUUGUUUGUGAAGUUGAUGGACAUCGUUUACAAACAUUGGUCAAGAAUGAUAGUGGAAAUUGGACCUCUAUUCAAACUUUUGGAAUUAUUAGUGGAUAUUCCUCUUCAUUCAAUCAUCCAAGAAGUAUUGUCAUUGAUAAGGUCAGAAACAACAUUAUUGUUUGUGAUCAAGACAAUAACCGUAUUGUAUCCUUGAACAACACAACAGGUGAUGUGGUUCAAAUUUUCGGUAGCGCAGGUAGGAGAAUGGAUCAAUUCUUCAAACCCUUCUCUCUCUGUUUAAACGAAUUCUCAGGAGAAUUAUACGUUGCUGAUUUUUGUAAUCAUCGAGUUCAAAUUUUCAAAUAACUUUACAAUAACGUGAGAAACCCAAUUAAGGUCUUUAUAUCUACAUUAAAAAAAAUAACAAACAUAUAUUUAUUCAUCAAA